AAUGGCACCUAUUUACCGUGCAUUAUAUAAGCUUAGUAAAAUGUGACGCGAUCAAUUUAUCAGGUCGUCGAUGAGGCUUAGUUCUGUCGGGCAUAAAUUUUAAUCAUGCAUAAGGCUGUCAUCAUCAUAACGAAUAUAUACAUUCUACGACCAUAAAAGCGGGAUAAUCGUGAACUUGCGCAUUCACAGAAAUAAACGAGUAUCGGUAUCAGUGUUAGUGCCUAGGCUAGUCAAUGCGUUUGUGUAAAUGGCGAUUUGUAGUUCAAUUAAUCUCAACUAAAGAUAGAUGUUCAGCACUUCACUGUGAAUGGAGGCAGCGGCUUGAAGAGACCAUAUAUUAUAGUACGGCUUAUUGAGGCGAGUAAAAACAGUUGUGAGAAAGUGUAUUACGCUAGAAGCGCAUUAGAUUACUUCAGAUGUUCUUGUCAACUGAGACCGAAUUGAUGAACCAUCUAAUACGUACCUGUGUGACGGUGGGAACGGAUUCAGAUUAAAGUUACGAAAAUAAUGGUUUUCAAAAUAUGCGACAAACUGUUACUAUUAAUAGAUAAAAAGAAUGUAUCGGCUUUGUUAAUACAGCAAGAAACUAAUUUUAAAACUCACGUUAGAAGGUGGUGAUUGUCUCAUUUUCGAAUUUGCGAGUAGCCGCUGGCUUUGCUUAAUUCAGUACUCUUAUGAUAUGUAUGUGCUGACUGUAGCGCCGAUUGUCGCAUUUUCCAAAGCUUUCCAUUAGAAUCAUCAUCAAUAGCGGCAGCUAGCUUAGUCAAUCAGUUAAUCGAGUCGUGAAUAUGCGUAUUGAAAUUACAAGGAAACUGUUCAUAAAUUGAAUCUCUUACAAGCGCCAAUGUUAAAUAUUUUUUGAGUAUUCUAUUUUUUAGCUAGAUCUGAUGCUAACAGGUUGCUGUCGAGAAUCUCGAAAGGGCCAAGCGAACUGACCAUUAAUCGAAUUGAGAAUUAAUUAUCGCGCACCUACGGGAAGCAUCCACACACUCAGGAUAUCUAUAAAAUCAUUUGCGAUUAUUGUUUUACCCGGAAUGAUUUUAAGUCAGUAUUACAUGCGGACAGAUCAAAUGCCAAUACUGGCCCAAUCAAAACUUUUCUUUUCCUACGCAUUAACGUGAACAGCGUGGACUAAUCUUGUGUGGCAUAAGUACACAUGUAAGCGGCUAGAUAUGUUUUAAAAGGUAGUACCCGGUGAUCAUGAUGGUGAAUAAAGUAUUUUUCCUUUUUUUCGCUCGCUGCCUGGUAGUAUAUAUGCAGACGUAUCUCUUGUAGUGCAAGUGCCCUAUUCUCUGGGCCGAGUUUGACUAUCUAUGCAAGUCCGCAAUAGCGGUUAGCACUCGUGAGUUUUAGAACAAAUUCAAGAUAUGGAAAGAGGCAGUUCUGUUUCCAUGCUCUAAACUUUCAAUUACCUGAAGUAAAAUUUACUAAUACUAAUACAAACAAAAUAAUUAAUAAUUUAUUAAUAUGGUAAAUUACUAGAGGAUAAGCAUGAGAUUUUAUCAAGCGUAUUACAUUACCUUGGUUGAUAUAUAACGUAGUUUAUCUCCCUGGCAGAUUGAGUUAUUUGCGACACGAAGACACUUUAGUGUCACCGUCAAUACAGCCAGAACACCUUUCAUUAUAGAAACGUUAUUCCUAUGUUCAGAACAGAAGAUGGAUGACUGGAUGAACAAUUUUCUACAAUGUUGGAAGCUUUGGCGAGUGCCAUACCCCAAGUUUUUCACUAUGAUGCGCGGUAUGGAGGAGGAAUCUGCUAUGAUACCGGGAAACGAAUUGGUGGACGAAGAUGGUCUCGCAAUGGCUUUGCCCUUUUCAAAGCCCCUUGAAUUUGAAGAGAUGCAAUUUGUCUGUGAUGUAUACGUCAUGUGCCGCGAAGGCCUUCUUGAUCAGCUGACUUCGCGUGUAGCUCAAGCAAGCACGCAAGUGGGAAAAACGCGUGUGCGUGAGCUACUAAAUCGCAGAUACCAGGACGAGACACAAUUGUGUGCGCCUUUACUUGUUGCUGCAAAAGAAGGCCAUGUUGAAAUAUGCGAUCUUCUUAUAUACGAGUACCACGUCGAUAUGGAGACGGAAGGCACAAUUGUGUUUGACGGCUACAAAAUCGAUGGUGCAACUCCAUUAUGGUGUGCUGCGGGGGGCAACCAUAUGACUAUUGUGAUGAUGCUGAUCAAAUGUGGAGCCGAUGUUAACCACGCCACAGGAAGCCGAUCAACACCGCUAAGGGCAGCCUGUUUUGAUGGCAAAGUUGAGAUGGUUAAGUUGCUGCUUGACCAUAAGGCGGAUUACAAUAUUGCCAAUAAGUUUGAAAACACGUGCCUCAUGAUCGCAGCGUACAAGGGCCACAAGGAAGUGGUAACAUGUUUACUUGAACAUGGAGCACCAGUAAAUGCCCGUGCACUUUGCGGCAAUACGGCGUUGCAGUUCGCUGCUGAACAUGGCUACGUCGAAAUUAUUUCGGAGCUGAUACGUUUUGGAGCGUCGGUACACACUGUCAACAAAAACGCAAUGACCCCCAUUAUCACUGCUGCUGAGAGAACACAGCCUGAGGCAGUCGAAUUCUUCGUGGCCCAUCCUGACUACAGUCGUGAAACAAAAAUUGAUGCGCUUGAGCUCUUAGGUGCAUCAUUUGCAAAUGAUAAAGACAACUAUGACCUUGAACGAUGCUAUCAUUACUUGAGAUUGGCUAUGAAGUGGCGUUACGGAGAUCCAGAUCGUGUACUUCCCAAGGUGCUCCCACCGCCCGUACCAGCAUAUGAAAACCGCGUCGAAUGUCGCUCACUAGAAGAACUACAGCAGAUUAAAUAUAACGCCAAUGCACUGCAAAUGGAAAGCCUUGCUAUACGUGAGCGAAUCCUUGGGCCACUUAAUCCCGAAGUACCGCAUCCAGUAACAUUUCGAGGCGCUGUUUUCGCAGAUUCUGCAAAUUUCGAGCGUUGUCUGGAGCUUUGGUUACACGCGCUUUCACUAAAAGAGCGCAGUGGAGCGUGUGUUGUACGAGACCUACUCCGAUUUGCGCAAGUGUUCUGUCAAAUGUUGCACGUUGGGGUCCAGGUUUCCGUGGACGUUCUCAUUACAGUUAUGCGAACAACCGUCACUUACUUGGAACACUUGGCUGAAAAGGAACAGAAGGAAAAAGACGGGACCGGCAACCGUCCGAAGGGUGCGGAUGAACAUGAAAUUGUAUUGACAUCCCUCUAUCUGCUCGUAGUCGUUUCGAAAUUAAGCAAGCGGUGUCGUCCAGAAGCGAGUCACACACUUUGUACGUUGGUCUAUCGGAUGACUAGGAGUCGAUGUGCUACCAACAAUGGCAAUACGUUACUACACUUGGCAGUCGACAGUCGGACACCAGUCAAUGACUUUCACACUCGGAAUCUCUGUCACUUCCCCUGCGCGAACACGGCUAAACUUUUAAUGGAGUGUGGAGGAGACGUGAACGCCAUAAACGAGCAGGGAGAUACGCCACUCCAUCUAAUCGUUGCGUAUUCAAAACCCAUCACAGAUUUCUUCACGCUGCACUCCAUUAUAUCUGCUCUUAUUGAGCGGGGUGCACACACUGAUGUUGUUAAUUAUAAAGGUCAGACCCCGCAGGAUGCUGCGACGACAGGUGUAGCUGAGCUGGUGUUGCGCGCACAAUCUGAAAUUAGCCUCAAGUGCAUUGCCGCCAAAGCAGUUCACAAGCACGGGGUUCACUACAAGGGUCGAGUCCCUCGUGAGUUAACGUCCUUCAUUGAGAUGCAUGGCCAACGGACCAAUAAACCACGCGCUGGGGUGGAAUAAACGGCACAUCGUAACAACGCUUAAAUGACGAAAACCAAUCAGUUACCACUAACAAUGAAUAAUUAUUAUAAUAUGUGUGCACCUGGUUUAUGAUAUGCUAUGAUAUAGGUUCGUGUCGGUUUCAAGCGGGGUCGCGCCACAAGAGUAAGCUCAGCACGUUCUUUCACGUGUCACGAAGAUUUGAAACUGUCUGGUGGGUCUUGUCUGCUCCUCGAUGGCCAGAAGUAACGGCAAAUGCAUCAAUGACAAUUAUGACGACGUAGUGUUGUUGUACGAAUCCAUUAUUGAAUCACUAAGCUCUUGUACGGCUAGAUAGAAUGGCUUGCUGCUGUACUUGGCAAGUUACACAUUUUCGACUCGCUUUCGGGGCAGGCCACGUAAUUUAGUGGGGAUAUACAUCUUGUUUUGGAAAUUAGCGCUAUCAUGGUCACGUGAUAGAUUGAUGCCGAUAUUCACUUGCAUUGUAUGCCCACCCCAAUAUUUGCUGUUUAUCGUGCAUACUGCUUCAGGGCAGAAUGAAAAAAGGCGGUUGACCCACUGGCAUCAUGCACUCCGGACGUUCUUUAAUGCGUUCUCAGUAAAAAUAAACGAUGUUGUUCUAGACAGUUAACCCCUCACAGUGUUUGUGAGGGCGUGAAAACAGAGAGAAAGGGAGAGAGAAUAAUGACGGGCACUUUAACGACGUAUGUACAUGGUAUAUAUAUUUAUUACGGCUAAAAAUAUAUUUGUCGAGCUGCAGGGGAUGCGGUGGGCAGCACACGUUCCAGCUCUGCGAGAAGACCAUCAGAACGGCUACUCAAGUUCAAGGCAAUGUCCACUUUAAAUUGUUCGUGUCACCGACCGAUUUGGCUCAAAGGUUAAUGAUGGCCUUGGUAAAGACCCACGAAAGCCACUUCUAUUAGUUUCUACCGACGACCUUCUGCCUAAGUUGGGGGCAGACAUUUGUUAGAUAACAACUACUACUACUAUCAAUAAUUUGUGAUGAAUUUAUUUUCGAACUGAAACGAAACCUCAUCUCUUGCCGCCAGAGUUUCCAGCUUCUACGAAGACAUUCGAUGAAUGAAUGUUACUACUUUUCAUCAAUGUCUUUAGGUGCACAUAUAACCGAACGUUUCUUUUGCUAUGAGUGUAUAAUUACAAUGUUGUUAACUUCCCUAAGAACUUUUGUCUAAACAAGGUUAAGAAAUAUUAUAUAUGGGAAAGUUAUGUUAAGCCGGCAUGUCGCUGAAUAUAAUGAAUAGAGGAGGAUUCACUCAUUGGGGGCAACUUCGAUAAACUGAACCUAUUCAAAGUGAGCUUGGAGAGGAUAAAGUCAAGCAACGAAGCAAGCAUAUGUAACAGGCUGUUUUUCGUUUGAAGCGAUCUCUUAGCUAUGUUAGUUGCAAAUCAAUGUUUCAAUUACUAUUAGUGAAUGAAUAAUAGGCCGUAAUAAUUUCAUAUUGAUCAGAUUUAUUAGGACAUUACAUAUGUAACCUCUUACUGUACGAUGAAUAUAUAUUUAUAUAUAUAUUUUUUUUGCUCGUUAGAGCGCUGAUGACUUGGCGGCGGAUUGAAUGGCUGCUCAACAAUGAGGGCAGG